GCCCCUGAACGAUUGUGCUUCACGGUGAGAAAAGAUGCCCCGAAAAAUCAUUGAGGCGAGCGAAGAGAGGCGCGGCGCGGCACACGCGCAGCGCUCCGCGGAUGACACGCACGACGUUCGGAGUUCCCUCUCUUCACGGUGAAAACGCCCCUCUCCUCUCCCGCUAGCCCCUUUCCCGAAACCGCAAGCGUCCCUGCCGGCUGGAGCCUUUUCUGCGGUCCCAGCCUGCAAAAAGCGGGACACCUCCCGCGGCAGAGGAAAGGCGUGCGGCGCGGCGGCGGCGGCGGCGUUCGUCUUCCAGUUUUUUGUCAGCGAUCCCAACGCAUCACAUUCUGUCCUGAAAAGCCUUGAGAGGCUUUGACCCGCCGGACCCGACAGCACCUGACGGGACAGGACUGCAAUCAUUCUCCAUGACAACAGAGACGGCUUUGGCCGGGGAACUGAAGAGCCCGAUGGAAGGUGACGCCAUAAGAACCUAUCAGGUUCCAGAAGACCAGGGGGACAUGGAUGAUAGCUCAGAGAAGACCCCCAGCAAAGCCUCCAAAUCCCCUCAGAAAAGCUCCAAACGGCCAAAGACGGUCCCGGUAAAAGUCACCCUGCUUGACGGAUCAGACUACGAGGCUGGAGUUGAGAAAUUUGCCAAGGGCCAGACCCUGCUGGACAUGGUGUGUGGCCAUCUGAACCUGCUGGAGAGGGACUACUUUGGUCUGACUUUCCAGGACACGGAUACUGCCAAGCACUGGUUGGAUCCCUCAAAAGAGAUUAAGAAGCAAAUUCGGGUUGGUUCCUGGAUCUUCGGAUUCUCUGUCAAGUUCUACCCCCCGGACCCGUCUGUGCUCAUUGAAGACAUCACAAGGUACUACCUGUGGUUGCAGCUGAGGGACGACAUCCUCUCUGGUCGUCUGCCCUGCUCAUUCGUCACGCACGCCCUCCUGGGCUCCUACACCGUCCAGGCCGAGCUGGGAGACUACGAGGCGGAGGACCACGGCCCGGACUACGUCAGCGACUUCCGCUUUGCACCCAACCAGACACACGAGCUGGAGGAGAGAGUGAUGGAGUUGCACCGGAACUACAGGGGAAUGAGUCCAGCAGAGGCAGAGGUGAACUUCCUUGAAAAUGCCAAGAAGCUCUCAAUGUACGGAGUUGACCUUCAUCACGCUAAGGAUUCAGAGGGAAUCGAUAUAAUGCUCGGAGUGAGCGCCAACGGUCUGCUCAUCUACCGAGACCGCCUCAGGAUCAACCGAUUCGCAUGGCCCAAAAUCCUCAAGAUCUCUUACAAGAGAAGCAACUUCUACAUCAAGAUCCGCCCAGGAGAGUAUGAACAGUUUGAGAGCACCAUAGGCUUCAAACUGCCAAACCAUCGGGCCUCGAAGCGAUUGUGGAAGGUCUGCAUUGAGCACCACACCUUCUUCAGGUUGGUUUCCCCGGAGCCGCCUCCCAAGGGCUUCCUGGUGAUUGGCUCCAAGUUCCGCUACAGCGGGAGGACCCAAGCCCAGACCAGACAGGCCAGCGCUCUGAUUGACCGGCCCGCCCCACAGUUCGACCGCUCCGUUAGCAAGAGAUACAUGCUGCCCCGAAGCAUUGAUGGAGCCUCGGCUCUGGGCUACAGUAUGGAGCAGCUGUCCCACCGGAGCUCCAGUGAACGCACUCAGUUCAUGUCCAGAGAAGACCUGGACCAGGAGGGCAGCCUGGACCUGGACCACGAUCAGUACCAUUACCAGGACCAAGACCAGGAGCAAGACCAGGACCAGUACCCAGAGCUGGACCUGGAGCAGCAUGAUGGUCAGAACCAAGAUCAGGUUCAGAGGCAAACUUGGGGGUCCCACAUUUCAACCACCACCAAGACUUUGGAGCUCAAGGGUGAGGAGGAAGGCUCGCCUAUAGACUCAAAACCAGAGGAUAUGGCCACCCAUCGGCCCAAACAGGAGCAAUUCUUGGAUAAGCCAGACGAUGUUCUUCAGAAGCACCAGGCCAGCAUCAACGAGCUGAAGAGGGCUUUGAGGCAGCCUAACAGCAAGAUGGCCCAGAGGGAGAAACGCCUCUCCUCAGCUACUCCUCCUGGAGGAACCCCCGAGCGCGAACCAGCGACCGGUGAUGGCAAAUUGAUUGACAAGCAGGAUGCUUAUGAAGGAGAAGUGAAUGCUUGCCCAAAAGUGGAAAAGAGUCAGCCCACUUCUUUGGGUAGAGACAUGUUGACCGUGACACCUUGGACCGAAGCGAAGGCAAACAACUGUCAAAGUACCAGGGACUCUGUAAAAAGUUGUCCCGGAACAUCUCCGAAACAAGAAACCGACUUUAGAGCCAAAGGAAUAAUGAAUCUGAACAAAGGGGACGACGCCUUAGCAACAAAUGGGAAUCGUGAUUCGAUAUUCGCCAAGAAUGCCAUUCAGGAAAAUGGAUAUGGAUCUCCACAUGACAAACGGGGGAGUGAACCCAUCAGCAGCAAUACGAAGCACUGUCAAUGUGAGCGCAACGUCCACCGAGAGAGGCCGGAGGACUUUGAAACUCCGGGGAGUCGGGCUGUGGAUUGUCUCCCGAAAGGCGACCAAGGCGAUAUUGAGAGCGAUGCGAGCCGCUGUGAGACUUUGAAAAAAAUAGCCGCGAGCCCGUUGGGAGCCCAAGAUUGCAAUAAAACCAGGAACUCUCACUCAGAAGUCCCCAAAAUAGUUCCUCUCAAGCCACAGAGAUCAAAGAAGUAUUUGAAUAACGAGAACUCGGGCGUUGGAAGCGAUCAAAGUCGGUCUGACGGAGGCGUCUUUGGUGCGGCUGGCGAUGCGCAGAUGACAGAACCCAGAGAUGAGUCCUGUGAGGCAGGAAGGAGAGUGGACGAUAAGGCCGCACUGCACUCUGCUGCAGAUGAAAAAAACACGGCCUCCAAACACCUCAGCGAAGCCGCGACGUCUUACCAGCAUCCAACUCUGCUUAAUCUGCAGAUUAAGAACGAGUUGUUUGGACAACAGGAGCUUAGAGACUGCAGAGGGACGACAGGGUGGACAAGGGGAGGACGCGAAGAGCAUUUUCAAAACAACUCUGAGUGCAAAGAGAAUUUCCUCUCUAGCUCCAAAUGUCCAACUGCUCCUCCUCGAACUCUCCCGCUGAAAACGCAAUGGUCCCGAGACAGACAGAGUAACGUGGACAGCAGCCACAUCCACUACAGGACGCCCGGCCAAGAAACAGCCAGGUGGAAGCAAGCGGAUACUCCUCCCACACCUGCUAUUCAUGAAGAACCUUUCAACGAAGCUUCAUCUUCUCUGCAGAGGGAACCGUGGGAGAGACGUCUUGGCUCCGUCUCCGAGGAUGACCAGGACCACGAGAUCCUGUACCUGAAGGAGACCCACCUGGGCAUCGAGCGCAAAUGUUCCAGCAUCACCGUCAGCUCCACGUCCAGCUUGGAGGCCGAAGUCGAUUUCACCGUCCUCACGGACCUGCACUCGGGCAUGGAGGAGUUCUCCAGAGGCAUGACGGAGCUCGGGGAGAGGGACGCGUCUCCUGAUGUGGGACUGUGCUUCAGCAUGGACUUCCUCCAGCAGCAGGUCCCCUCCGAACCAUCUCCUCCACCGCUGUCCGCCCCCUUGUCCAGAGGAGCCAGCAGCAGCCCGCCGGCCAAACUCAUCCAGGCCGAAGGAGUCCGACCGGAGGUCAAACGACCCGAUGUGCAGCCCGUAGUCCCUAAAAAACCAAAGAGGUCAGUGCCGGUGUCCUCGUCAGUGGACAGAGAGGCCGGCCGUGUCUCUGCUGUGACGCCGCUGAGCCGGGAGGCCAGCGACGUCGCGCCCACACCGGCAGCGAGGAAGACGGACGUGAGAACAGAGACUCAGCCCAACGGAUCGGAGGUCACCACAACCAUCGUGGAGUUCACAGAUCAGGAUCACAGUAUCACCGGCCUGAGUGAUGUUUCAUAUUCCUCCAGACAGAGUGUGUCCCCUGUGCAUAUUGGAAGAGAGGCGUCACGGUCGCCCAUCCUCAUCACUGAAAAUGUUACCUCGGCAACCACUCACGUCUCCAAGACGGUGAAAGGAGGAUAUUCAGAGACCAGGAUUGAGAAGAGGAUCAUAAUCACAGGAGACGAUGACGUUGACCAGGAACAGGCUCUGGCUAUUGCGAUACAGGAAGCCAAGCAGCAGCAUCCAGACAUGCAGGUGACGAAGGCAGUGGUUGUCAGGGAAACGGAAUCGUCCGCUGAGGAUCGACACAGCGUUUCAGAGUCCUGAUUUCUUGGGAUGAGAGCCCCCUCGUUUGGACUGAAAGUGUCAGUGCCCGACCUGAAUUCGCUACAUGCAACCCCUACACCAUAGAGUCUGUACCAUAGACUACUGCCGGUGUAAUGACACGUUCACAAACAAACAAACAAACCUUUUAUUGUCAUUGAAGCAUUUCACUAUUUGAAACCAUACCUUUUUAGAAGAGUGAUUUGGCGGUCAUGCUGGAAAAACAAAAAAGAAAUCCCUGAUUGGUCAACAGUAUGCCACCAGACCUCCAAACGUCUUGGACAAUUGAACAGAUUGGAUCCGAAUACAACUCAUUUUUCUGCACGGCCUCACAAACACUGUGGAAUAAUGCAAGACCUUGUGCAGCGCUGGUACCCGUCUCAUGAAGAAAGUAUUAUUUGGAAACGGAAAAAAAAAAUGGUCAUGCACUUAGGAGUGUCAUUUACAUGUCUGUGCAGCUGUACUGAAUAACAAAAAAAGAAUAUAAGAUUCCUGUUGUGAUUGCUGGAAAAAAAGAAACGCUGAAAAAAACCUACUGUGUGUGUGUGUGUGUGUGUGUGUGUAAUUACUCUUGAUGAGACAAUAUAAUCCAUUACAUGUAACCCUUGCGGCAGGGUUUAGUGAGAGCAGAGCAAAUCCUGCUCUUUUCACUCCUGCACAGCCACAGUAAUGAGUUAGCUUUGUCCAACCGUCGUCACACUAAUGAGGAUCACGUGGAGCCAACGCGGCCUCUUGGUGGCCGGAGCCGGUCUGAUCACUAUACUUCCUUCUGCCCGUGUCCCCUUAAAACUUCUGUAGAAUGUAUUUGAUGAUGAUGUGUGAGUUGCCGCAUAAUGAUGGACGUUGAUUUGACUUUUUGAGACUUUUUCCAUUACGUGUCUGGACUUUAGAAGCUGUUAAUACGCACAGUGUACCAGUUGUAUUUAUUCAAAUGAUGACGAUGUAGUUUCUGAGCAUGCUGAUGUUUCAGAAUGAGCCCAGUUUCUCUCCCUUCUCUCCAGCUUAGAGAUAUGCUUUCACGGUAAAGCUGGAUAUAAUACCACUCUUGCCAUAUUGUGUGGUAAAUACAUAGAGUGGGCUGUUCUUGUUUUACUAAUGCAGCAAUCCGUUCUGUUCAGUAGCUCACAGAGCGGGUUGCUGCAUCAGUAAAACUACAAUCUGAGGUAAUGUUUGCAUGAUAUUUUUUUGCCUUGUUGGAUUGUAUUUGAGUGAUUUAGAUAUCAACUCAUAGGAAAGAUGGAUCAUGAUGAUCAAGAUAUAAAAGGCCGAAAUCUUCACAUCGGAAGUUGAAUCUGAUCUUCCAAAUGAACCAAAAGGAAAUUAGCCUCCUGAAAUAAAAUGGAGAGUAGUCAUAACAAACAGUUAAUAAUCAUACAAAAAGCAUACAAGUGAUUCAGUUCAGGCUACAGUUCCUUCAAUUAAUCCUUAAACAGUUUCAUUCUGUUCAAGCCACUGGGGUUGCUAUGCCUCUUUAUUUCACAUAUCACUCUGCUUUUGAUAUCACUUCCCUUCUUUCACUAAAACAAAAGCGUAUUGGUCUUUGGUGCCGACAUUAACUUGUGGUGACUGAUAUUUUUCAGUGUUAUUUAUUGUACAAUGCAUAUUCAUCAUCUUCCAAAAUACUCUGUACAAAUGGUAUUAGGCAUCAGAGACCUUUUUUUUAACAAAGUACAGUGUUAUGAAUAAAUAUUCAGUAGCAGCAGAAUAUCUGAACUUUUAGUUUUGUGUCCUUUGGUACAUGAAUGUUAGAGGGUUGCCAAAGGCAUGUGGUGUUCCAAUUGAGGAAGCAGUUAAAUUGUACAAACCCUGAUUUUGUAUGACAAUAUUUGUAUAAACAAGCUACUUUUAAUUACCAGGGAGUCAAAUUCAAUUGGGUUCCCUUUAAUUAUGGUGUCUUUAACAUUACCUGCAGAAUUUCCCUUUCUUUGUGAAAGUAAUAUUUCAUGUGUAAGUAAAUAUAGGUAGCUUCAAAAUUCAUGCAGAAAAUAAAAACAGUUUAACACGGUAUAACUGUCAAAUCAGGUUGAUGAGUGUGUUAUAUGGUAUGAUUUGCUUUUCUGAUGUGUACUUCCCGAUGUAUCUCACCCUUUGGUCUGAAAUCGUUUUUUGAAAUGAUGAUUAGUCGUAGAUGUUGGAUUCAAACCGGUCGGUGGAAAGCGAUACAGCUACAGUAUGUACACCUCGAUAGUCCUGUUUGGUGGAGUUCAACGAUGUGAAGUAGAUAACGGCCAUGGGCUUGAUGUACACCAUCCUUUGCACCAUUCUUCACUUUACUUUUUACAAACUACCCAAAAUCACACUUGAUCAUCAACCUGUUGGGUCAACGUAUCUUCCUCCGUCCAGAAAAGACCAGCCCAUGGAAGUCUGACAAGUAGUAAGUAGACUGUGAUUGAUCAGAGACGUCCUGGUGCCAAAGUGGUUUUGGACGACCUCUGGCUGACCCUUGAACCUUGCCCUCCCCUCCAGCUCCAUCUCUUCAGCCGUCCGUCGCUUGGUGCCGUGUCUUUAACGUAGAUUGUACUUGCAUUCCUACGAAAUGAAUAAAGAACAGAAAAAAUGAGAAUUA